AUGAGUGACUUGGAGGAUGACAAUGAUUUUAUACCAAUCCCAUCAAAAUCCAAGAUAAAAUCCACCCUUCCUCGUAAAAAAAAGACCCCUUUAGCCUCUGGAAAAGUACGUCCAGUACUAAAAUCUAUGAAAAAACCAUCAAGUAAAAAGAAAAAGACAAAUGUCAUGGACAGUCGUGACCCUUCAUCGGACAAUGAGACGGACGGCUCGACAUUUGACGUCCAUGUCAGUGAAAAUGAAGCCAUGGACGACACAGACAAGCAAAGUAUUGAACAAAUUUAUCAGAAAAAAUCCCAAUUGGAACAUAUUUUACUACGUCCUGAUACUUAUGUGGGUUCAAUUGAACACGUGGAGCAAAACAUGUGGAUUUUGGACGAGCUCCAACAGAAAAUGGUGCUAAAAAAGAUCACAUAUGUGCCAGGAUUAUACAAGAUUUUUGACGAGAUUAUUGUGAAUGCCUGUGAUAAUAAACAACGAGACAAGGCCAUGAAUACACUAAAAGUGACAAUUGACGUACCAAAGAAUGAGAUUUCGGUCUGGAAUAAUGGUAAAGGGAUUCCUAUUGUCUUGCAUAAAGAACAUCAAGUUUAUGUCCCAGAAUUAAUCUUUGGUCAUUUACUUACGGGAAGUAAUUUUGAUGAUAAUAAAAAGAAAACAACCGGGGGACGAAAUGGAUAUGGGGCGAAACUUGCAAAUAUCUUUUCAAAUGAAUUUAUUGUCGAGACGGCCGAUUCAAGUACGAAACAACGAUAUAAACAAGUAUUUGAAAACAAUAUGGGGAAGAAAAAUCCACCCUCCAUCACAAAAUGGACGCAGAAGGAUUUUACGUGCAUUUCAUUUAAACCUGAUUUAGAACGGUUUAAACUUGAUUCGCUAAAUGAAGAUAUCGUCUCGCUGUUUAAGAAACGGGUGUACGAUGUAGCUGGUGUUUCUGGGAAAGGACUGAACGUCUUUCUUAAUGGCGAAAAGAUUCCUAUCAAGUCAUUCCCACAAUAUGUUGCAUUGUAUCCUGGACCUCGUGGCUUUGAAGCUGAGAAGGACACAAAGGAGGAUGAAGACUCUCAUCCGGAAGAAAAUGGUGAUGACGACGACUACGACGAUGAAGAAAGGUCGAAGAAGGUAAAGGCCGCUAAGGGCAAGCCGUCGAACGUUGCAAAGAAUGGAGUUAUCUUUGAAAAGCCGGACGAGCGCUGGCAGGUUGGUAUUGGCAUGAGCGAAGAUGGUUUCCAGCAAGUAAGCUUUGUCAACGGCAUUUGUACCACAAAAGGUGGCCAGCACGUAGCCUAUAUUGUGGACCAAAUUACAACCAAACUUGUCAGUGUACUGAAGAAAAAAAACAAGGGCGACGCCGUCAAACCGAAUUACAUCAAAAACCACAUGUUUGUCUACGUGAGCGCGCUGAUCGAGAACCCCGCGUUUGACUCUCAAACGAAAGAAACCCUGACGACAAGAGCCAACGGCUUUGGAUCAAAUUUCCACCUUAGCGACAAAUUCUUGAAGCAAGUGGAAAAGAGUGGACUAGUAGAGAAAAUUCUUUCUUUCGCGGCAUUCAAGCAGACGGCAGAGCUGCGACGAAAAGGCGGCAGCGGUGGUAAACGGUCACGGCUUACUGGUAUUCCCAAACUGGAUGAUGCCAAUCACGCUGGUACAGCGAAAAGCAAAGAUUGCACUCUGAUUCUAACAGAAGGCGAUUCCGCUAAAACUGUUGCUGUUGGUGGCCUUGCUGUCGUUGGCAGAGAUUACUAUGGUGUCUUCCCAUUGCGAGGUAAGAUGCUAAACGUUCGUGAAGCAAGUCACACUCAAAUUUUGAAGAAUGAGGAGAUUCAAAACGUGGUCAAGAUCCUUGGUCUCAAGUACGGCGAAAACUACGAGUCUACGAAGGGCUUGAGGUAUGGUCACUUGAUGAUCAUGGCAGAUCAAGAUCACGACGGCAGUCACAUCAAGGGUCUGGUGAUCAACCUCAUUCACCACUUUUGGCCAUCACUGCUGCGUCUAGACGGCUUUUUGCAAGAGUUCAUUACUCCAAUUGUAAAGUGCAGCAAAGGACGGACAAAGAAAGUUUUCUACACGAUGCCAGAGUACGAAGCUUGGCGUGAAAGAACAAACCAAGGACGUGGUUGGGUGAUCAAGUACUAUAAGGGUCUGGGUACGAGUACAGCAGCUGAGACCAAGGAGUACUUCUCUGAUCUGCAGACUCAUCAGAUUGAGUUUGCAUACAAAGGAGAUGGUGAUUCGGAUAUCAUUGACAUGGCGUUCUCGAAAAAGCGUGUCGAGGAUCGCAAAGACUGGCUGCGAGGCUACGAACCUGGGACCCACGUUGACUACGAUGUUGAUGCCAUGGGCUACACUGAGUUCGUCAACAAGGAACUCAUUCUUUUCUCCAUGGCCGACAACAUCCGUUCAAUUCCAAGCGCCAUCGAUGGAUUUAAGCCGUCGCAGCGUAAAGUGCUAUUCUGCUGCUUCAAGCGUAACCUUCGGUCGGAGCUCAAGGUCGCACAACUGGCUGGCUACGUGUCAGAACACUCUGCGUACCAUCACGGCGAACAAAGUUUGCAGGGCUGUAUCGUGAAUAUGGCACAGGAUUUCGUCGGAAGCAACAACAUUCACCUUCUGUCACCCAUCGGUCAGUUUGGUACGCGUUUAAUGGGUGGCAAGGAUGCGGCCAGCUCUCGUUAUAUUUUCACAAAUUUGGAACAACUCACGCGUAGGCUCUAUGAUCCUCUGGACAAUGAUGUGCUGAAGUAUUUGGACGAAGACGGCCAGUCAAUCGAACCGGAGUGGUACAUUCCGGUUAUUCCCAUGGUGCUCGUUAACGGCAGUGACGGUAUUGGAACGGGUUGGUCUAGCUCUGUUCCCAACUACAACCCACUAGACAUCAUUAAGAGUCUGCGGAAGAUGAUCAACGGACAGGAAGUCACUCCUCUUAUUCCUUGGUACCGUGGGUUCACUGGUCAUAUUGUGGAAAAGACCAGCUCGCGUGGAACCGAUACUAGCAAUUUUAUUGUCCAGGGUCUGUAUGAGGUCAUUGACGACAGCACGCUCGUGAUCUCAGAGCUUCCUGUUAAGUUGUGGACCCAAACGUACAAACAAUUCUUGGAAGGACUGCUUGAUGCGGGCACAAUCAAGGACUUUAAAGAAAAUCACACCGAUGUGAAGGUGUUAUUCACGAUCACGUUGGAGCCGAAGGUGUUGAGUGAUAUUACCAAGGCCCCAGGAGGAAUUGUCAAAAAGUUUAAACUCGAGUCUUCUUUGUCAACCACGAACAUGCACCUUUUUGAUCGAGACGGUCAUAUCAAGAAGUUUGAGAGCCCUAAAGAUAUCUUGGAGGAGUUUUACAGCGUUCGUCUGGAGUACUACGAUCGCAGAAAGAAGUCCAUGCUGCAGAAAUUGCAGGAUCAAAUUAAACUUCUAUCGAAUAAGGCUCGUUUUGUCCUGUCAGUUGUCGAAGACAAGCUGAUCGUGAAUAACAGAAAAAAGCAAGACCUUUUGGAAGAACUGGUAGCAGAAGGCUACGACCAGAUUGUGCCGAAGUUGAAGAAGAAGAGCGAUACCGAGGACUCGAACGAAUCUAUGGAGGAAGACAACGAUUUGGCUGAUGCCAGCAAAGGCUACGACUACUUAUUAUCGAUGAAGAUCUUGAGCCUGACGAAGGAACGCGUCGACAAGCUGCGUACUGAGCUUCAGGAUCGUGAGCAAGAGUACAGCGUCUUGGAAGGCAGGACGGUGCAGGAUUUGUGGCUCACCGAUCUUGACGAGCUGGAGAAAAUGCUGGUCGAGACAGAAGAAGAGCGUGAGAGGAUUCUGUCGCACACACCUAAGAAGAAGAGCGGAAAAGGUAAGAAGGCUGCUACGAAGAAGAGGAAACGAAAGAAUAGAAAUGACAGCGACAUUGAAGAGGAUGACGAAGAUUCUGACUUUAGUGUCGAAGGGACGAAGAAGCCUCGCAUCAAGGCUAAGCCGAAAACUUCAGUAAAGCGGCCGAUCAAGAAGGAAUCCGCCGCGAGCAAGGUUAAUGGCACAAAGGAGAGCAAGUCAAACUCGAACAAGGAGUCAAAACCAAGUACCAUUACCGCAUUUUUCAAAACCAAGGAAGAACCACCAGCAAUCAAGGAGAAAAGCGAAGAAGAGGUCGAAGAGCUUUCGCUGGCGGAGCGACUUGCUCGUAGAUUCAAAGUUUCUCCCAAGAAGGUUGCACCUGCUUCUACUAGUACACCAAAAGCAAUACGCUCAACUAAGCCUGCGGCGACAAUCGAUUUGGCGGAUUCCGACGAUGAGAAAACGGCCGAAAUGGAUGGGGAAGAUGAUGUCUUCGCCAUGCCUUCAGAUAAUGCGAAGAAGUCUGCGUCAAAGUCCGCAGCAAAUCGAAAGGCCCCUGCCCGUAAAGCACCUGCUAAGAAGUUGCCAGCUGCUAGACCUAAGAAGGCCGCACCGGUCAAGAAGGCUACACUUGCCAAGAAGAAGUCAAAGAAGUCGCCUCUUGAAGAUGAAGACAGUGGUGAUGCAUUUAGCGACGACGCAGCUGCUCCUUCACCAAUAUCUGCUCGUCCCAAACGUCAAGCUCGUACGCAAAAGCGCAUCGUCUGUGAUGUAAUCUCAAGUGAUGACGAGAAGAAAGACAAGAAUGAUGACGCGGAAGAAAGUUUUGCAUUGGAUGAUGCUGACGACGACGACAGUGAUUUCGAGGAAUGA